GACCCAUCCGCGACAAUCGAAAAUACCCUCCAAACCCCCCCCCCGGCAACCCGUCAACACCGUCAAAAUGCCUCAGGAAAUCGCGGACAUCAAGCAGUUCAUCGAGAUCUGCCGCCGGAAGGACGCUUCUUCCGCCCGGAUCAAGAAGAACACCAAGACCCAGCAGACCAAGUUCAAGGUCCGCUGCCAACGCUUCCUCUACACCCUCGUCCUCAAGGACACCGACAAGGCCGAGAAGCUCAAGCAGUCCCUGCCUCCUUCUCUGACGAUCCAGGAGGUCGGCAAGAAGAACAAGUCCAAGUCCUCUUAAGCGCUUCAAAUUCUUUUUUUAACGGGGAUGAACCACCGGGAAAGAGGGAGAAAUCCGAUCAUGGGACACAUGGCGAAAACGGCGAGCUGGUGAAAUGGCAGACACAAAGGUGACACCGGGGGCGAGGAAAUGCCGGAUGGAAGGGUCUGACGGACAAACAAAUCGAUUCUGAUACGGUAUGGGCGUCGGGGGGAAUACCUUCACGGCGGUUAUGACAUGCUCGGACUACGGCUGUCCAUGUAGCAAGACAUGCGCCAAUUGACCAAACGAAAUUCAAGCCAUGCUCGGCCUCUUUUUUUCCUGGA